UUUAAUUGGUUAUCAAUCACUCAAUUGCAACCGAAAUCUAAAACCUUCGGAAUCUGAAACAGAAAUCUUUAUCUAAAACCUUCGGUUCAGUUCAGAAAUCACAACCGGAAGUCUGGAAUCUAAAGUCCCAAGAAAUAAGAGCGCGCUCUUUUUAACCCUAGAAGGAGGGAAGUGAGCAUUACAUCUGCGAUUACAAUGGUGGCUGAGAACUCAUCUUCCGGGAAUAUACAGGCUCCUAAUGCUCAUUUCUUUGUCUGGAGAGAGUUUGUUUGGGGAGCUAUUGCUGGUGCUUUUGGGGAAGGAAUGAUGCAUCCGGUGGAUACCAUUAAAACACGGAUGCAAAGUCAAGCAAUAAUUGAUGGAAUUCAGAAUCAGAAGAGCAUACUACAGAUGGUGCGGUCUGUUUGGCAGGUUGAUGGUUUAAGAGGCUUUUACAGGGGUGUAACACCAGGGGUUACUGGGUCUCUUGCCACCGGUGCAACAUAUUUUGGUGUCAUAGAGUCCACUAAAAAAUGGAUUGAGGACACACACCCUAGUCUUGGUGGCCACUGGGCGCAUUUCAUUGCUGGAGCUGUUGGAGAUACGCUUGGUUCUUUUGUGUAUGUUCCAUGUGAAGUGAUAAAGCUACGCAUGCAGGUUCAAGGCACAAAGUCAUCAUGGAAUUCCGUCAUCAUGAAAGAUAGCAUUUCAAUGAAGCCUGGCAUUCAAAUAUAUGGUUACUACACAGGGAUGUUUCAUGCUGGUUGCUCAAUAUGGAAAGUGCAGGGCUUAAGGGGUUUGUAUGCUGGAUAUUGGUCUACUCUGGCAAGGGAUGUCCCAUUCGCUGGACUGAUGGUCAUGUUUUACGAAGCUAUGAAAGAUGUAACAGAAUAUGGGAAGCAAAGGUGGAUAUCAAACUCGGAUUGGCAUGUCAACAGUUCUUUAGAGGGACUUGUGUUAGGAGGCUUAGCUGGUGGUCUUGGUGCUUAUCUCACUACUCCCUUGGAUGUCAUCAAAACAAGAUUGCAAGUGCAAGGUUCAGCUAUAAGUGGUUGGUUGGAUGCGAUCCGUAACAUAUGGGCUAUGGAAGGCAUGAAGGGGAUGUUUAAAGGUAGCGUCCCGAGGAUUACAUGGUACAUCCCUGCUUCUGCGCUCACAUUCAUGGCUGUGGAAUUUCUCAGAGGUCAUUUUAAUCAAACAGACGCAUGUGAAAAUUUUCAAGAAGUUGCUACAUUAUCAGUGGACAAGAAUAAAUCUUCUGUACGAGAGGUUGGGUAAGGUUUUCUGGCCAAAUGGUGUUACUUCCCGACCAUUUUUUUUUUUUUCAAGAUGGAUUGCGGUAUCAUAUUGAAAUUCUUAGACAUCUCAAUCUCAAUACAUGGAGAGAAAAGCCAAGUUGUAACUUAGUUCUGAAAUGUUGAACCGCAGGAAAAUGAAUGGAAAAUUAUAAUUUUUGGGUACUACAUUUAAAAAUUUCCAAUUAGCUUCA